AUGUCCUGUGUCGGGGCGCCGGCCAUCGUGUUGAAGUACUGCCACGACCGUGGCAUCAUCCACCGCGACAUUAAGCCAGAGAACAUCCUCUUCGUGUCCAGCGAUGCGGAAGCCCCGGCCAAGCUGAUCGACUUCGGCAUCGCUUGUCAUUUCAAGCAGACAGAGCACAGAAAGGGUGAGAAGGGCACUGAGGCCUACGAGGCGCCGGAAGUGAAGAACGACGAGAGCUCUUACUCCGAGAAAUGUGACCUUUGGUCUCUGGGCGUGUUGCUCUACGCCAUGCUCAGCAGCUCUUUACCCUUCAGCUCCGCAGAGGCGGCGAGGAAGGGAAUUUUCUCUACGGAGGGCUCGAGGUGGCGGGAUAUUUCGCCUGAGGCGAAGGACCUGAUCCGCCAGCUGCUGGUGGUGGACCCCUCUUUGCGCCUUUCUGCGGCCCAGGUCUUGGAACACCCAUGGGUCUCCACAACAACUGUGGAGGACGAGGAAGCCAUACCGGCCCAGGUGGCUGUGCGCCUGAGACGUUACCAAAGCACAUCUUAUUUUCGAAGGAUCCUUCUCAUGGUGGUGGCACGCCACCUCGGUGCGAACGACCUCCCCGAGAUUUACAACGCCUUCAAGGCGAUGGACACCAAUGGGGACGGAUCCCUGUCCCUGGAGGAGUUUCGAAGAAGCCUUCACAAGGGAGAAGGGAGCCCUCAUCCCGACGCGCCCCUGCCAAAGGAGGCUGCAGAGUACCUUGAGCUGUUCGAGGCACUGGACGCUGACGGCAGCGGCGCCAUCGACUACAGCGAGUUCAUGGCAGCGGCCAUCGACCGGAAGAUCUUCUUUCGGGAGGAUCUGUGCUUGCAGGCCGACCCGGGGUGA